AUGGCCAGACCAAAAGAGGUUCUCCAGAAGCUUGCAGCGGCCCUCCACAUUCAGCACGUGCUCCUGCGUCAGGCCCUGGCGGAAUGCCUGGGAACCCUCAUUCUGGUGAUGUUUGGAUGUGGAGCGGUCGCCCAGUGGGUGCUGAGCGGAGCUUCUCAUGGCACUUUCCUCUCCGUCAACUUCGCCUUCGGAUGUGGAGCGACACUCGGCAUCCUGGCCACUGGCGGGAUCUCAGGUGGCCACCUGAACCCAGCGGUGACCUUCACGCUCUGCUUACUGGGGAGGGAGCCGUGGAGGAAGCUCCCGCUGUUCUUUGUGUUCCAGACCUUCGGAGCAUUUCUGGGCGCUAUGAUCAUAUAUUGCAUGUAUUUUGAAGCCUUGUGGGACUUUGGCGACGGGGAGUUGGUGGUGGUUGGGAGCAAUGCCACUGCUGGGAUCUUUGCCACGUAUCCGUCCCGACACCUCUCGCUGUUACACGGCGUCCUCGAUCAGGUUAUUGGAACAGCUGCCUUGAUUCUGUGCGUCCUGAUCAUCGCCGACCCGCUCAAGAAAACAGCGGUGCCUCACAGUCUACAGGCGUUCACAGUGGGCGUGGUGGUGUUUGUCAUCGGCCUGUCGAUGGGAUUCAACUGUGGUUACGCGGUGAACCCGGCCAGAGACCUCGGACCUCGGAUCCUUACAGCCCUGGCGGGCUGGGGCCGUGAGGUUUUCACAGUGAACUCCUACUGGUUCCUGGUGCCCAUCUGCGCCCCGUUCCUGGGAGCAUUAGUGGGAGUGAUCAUGUACCAGCUCAUGAUCGGGUACCAUUUGGAAGGAGACGAGCGGCAGAGGAAGAAGCAGGAGGGGACGGAGGAGGAGGAGGAGGAGGAGGAGGAGGAGGGGAGACUCAAACUGUCCCGUGUCUCACGGAACCAGGAAGCCUGA